CAAGUUUCUGAUUCUUUGUCACGCACGACCUCGGACGACGAAGACUAGACUUAGAGCUCUGCAAUAUGAAACGAUGGCUCCUUACUCUUGUAAUCUACUGGGUUUUACCUCUCCUACAGGGAGUCAGAAAGUGUUCCAAAAUUGACGCCUGCCGUUGUUGAACCGAUGAAGGAGAGAUCAAUCUUUGGAGUCUAGCAGGAGAGGACGAUGUGCCGAGAUUCAACUUUCCGCCGGUACCCGCCAAUUACACUCCAGGCCAGACGAAUGAUUCUUAUCAAUGGAAUCCUUGCAAUCCAUGGACAGCAAGAGUAUUUCCCAACCAAACAACAACCAAUGGCUGCGUAGAGGUUGCGGUCUGUAUGAUCCAAGAGGCACCUCCAUUUGGAACUUAUCAUAAAGACAUUGGACAGCAAAACUUGAGCGACUGCGUUUUUGAUCAGGGGACUGGACUGUGUGCAUUGACAUACGGAGUCAAGGGCAACAAACAAAUAAAAACCAAAAUUAUCUUAAUGUGUAACGAAACAGAAGAAGGGAGAGUGGAUCCCAUGAGCAGAUUUACUUCGAAAUACGAAACGAGAUUGCAUUCCAAAUGCGCAUGUCCUGGGAGGUGCAGUAGUCCGAGUAACGCGGGCUUAGGUACUGGUCAAAUCAUGGGUAUUGUCUUUGGGUCUGUUGCUGCUAUUCUUGUUUUUGCCUUCGUUGUUUUUAUCGUCUUUUUGCGUAGAAAGCUUCCUGAAGGAACUCCUAAACCGCCUGUCUGCACCACAGUUAAGGUUGGGUUUGAAGUGAUAAUGGCCAAGGUCUGUCCAUGUUACAAGAGGCUGGAGUAUUCGUCUAUUCCCUGAUAAACUAUUAACGUAUAACAUUUCUGUUGUAAUUUGUAUCUAUGGUUUUCUCUGUAAUAUAAUCGAGAGCUGAAACAAAAACGCCUGAUCAGAUCUUUGAGAUGCGCAGUUUUUUAACCGUGGGGUUUGAAUAUUGGUUCUUCUUUUAAAAAGGUGGUGAUCAUGAUAAACCUUCAUUUCACCCCAGAUCGAAGAGUAGCGCCAGAGUUGCACUGAACCCGAAAGAGAAAAAAACAGAAACAAGUAAUAUAAUAUAAGGGUGUAAUAGAUUCAGAAAAGGAAAAAAAUUAUAAUGAUAGUACCAAUAAUAAUGCGAAUCAUCUAAUACAUCUAGUUCUAGAUAACUUUUUAAGUCAGCAUUUUAAAACACUUUAACCCCGUAAGAGUAACUGGCAUCUAAUUUCUCGAUCCUAAACAUAGUACCCCUGAAACAAAAGUUUUGCCAGGAGAAUAAAGGAAAUGAUCAGCAGCUAGAAAGCUUUUGAUCGUUGAACAAAUUCUUCUUGUAUGGAGAAUAUGCAUACUGAUGUUAGAGUGUAGCACUUCCUAAAUCAUCCCCGAAUAUAUUGUAAAACCAAGGGGCAAGCAAUUUGAAGGAGUGGUUUACCUUAAAUAGUAGUUAGCUUUAGGUGUAACUAAUCGUGAUAUUUGAUAUACGAUAGAUAAAGAACUUCAAAGUGUGACUAGCGUCGCGUGACUGAGGUCGCGUCACUAGGAACUAGCGGGAAAGCCGCGUGAUUUCCGUUAAACGAUCCGUUUAAGCUCAGCUACCUGAAGGGAUUUGAAUACUGGACAAUCCAAAAGCAUCUCAUUUGUUCCAAAUUCAAAAGGGAUUAAACUAAGUUUCUUGCGCCACAGUGACCCCAUCACGCUGUACAUACAUACAAACAUAUACUUUAGUCAACUCGAAUUUACAGAGUAGUUGAGCUCAUAUCUUCGAGAAAGAAAAAUACAUAAGUCAGUCAAAUUAUAAAUAGAACUACUACUAAUACUCUAAUAAAAAAUUACUACUAAAGUUCAUUUUCCUUAUGGCUAUCUUAAAAUCUUUAAAUGAUGUACUCGUUCUCAUGCUGUCAGGGAGCGAAUUCAAAGUUUUUGCUGCUUGAUAUCGGAUGCACUCAAGACCAUAUUUUGUUGUUUUUGUUACUGAGGUAGAGUCAGAAAAUUCUUUUCUCUCAGUGAAUAACUGGAAUUACGAACAACAAAAAGUUCUUUUAGAUAUCCAGAAUACAUAAAAGCAAAUAAGCUCUUGAUAACUACCAUUAGAGUUUUGUGAAGUCUUUCAGUAUAUAAGGACGCUAUCUUUGCUUUAUUUAACAGAUCAUCAUAACUAGACAAUGGAUCAUUAAAAAUAAAUCGUAAAAUACGUUUGUUCAAAGACUCUAGUUUAUCACAAUUUCUAUUGCCUGAAAAAUUCCAUACAAGAGAGCAUGUGAAUCUACAAAUAGGUCGUUUGUCUGUCGGAAAAAAAAAUUUAAGCCAUAUUUUGGUGUUCUAAAUAGUUUUUCCUAUGAAACGCUCACGGAAUAGGAAAGAGAGGUUCAAAAGUAUGCGGUAAACAACCUAUAAGAACUAAAUCUUAACUCCUUAUGUUUCAAAUCAAGCGCGAGAAAAUCAUGAUGGUGUUCCACCAUCAAAUCGUUUCAUAAAUAUGAUACAGAGGAUAUUUCGGCAUCACAAAUAUUUCUGUGUGACCCUGUUGACUCCUGGGAAUGAUCAGAAUGUAAAUAAUCCUUAUAACUUUUAUCAAAGUGUCGAGCAGGUAGGUAAUGGGAAAGUACAUGAUUAUCAACUACUGAUUUAGCACCAAAUUCUCACCGACA